UUUGAUUGGUUACAGGUUCUUAUUGCGGCAGCGGUGUGUACCAAAAAUGGAAAAGUUAUCAUUUCACGUCAAUUUGUGGAGAUGACAAAGGCCCGCAUUGAGGGUCUGUUGGCAGCAUUCCCCAAGCUGAUGACAGCAGGCAAACAGCAUACAUACGUGGAAACCGACUCGGUGCGUUAUGUCUACCAACCCAUGGAAAAGUUGUAUAUGCUUUUGAUUACCACCAAGGCAAGUAAUAUUUUGGAAGAUUUGGAGACAUUGCGUCUGUUCUCCAAGGUCAUACCGGAAUACUGUCACACAUUGGAGGAAAAGGAAAUUCUGGACAAUGCCUUCAAUUUGAUUUUUGCCUUUGAUGAAAUUGUUGCAUUGGGCUAUAGAGAAAGUGUUAAUCUCGGACAAAUUAAGACCUAUGUCGAAAUGGAUUCCCACGAAGAGAAAUUGUAUCAAGCCGUUAGACAAACCCAGGAACGUGAGGCUAGACAGAAAAUGCGGGAAAAGGCUAAGGAGUUGCAGAGACAACGUAUGGAGACAGCUAAACGCGGUGGGCCCAUGGGCGGUGGUAUGGGUGGACGCUCCAGUGGUGGUUUCAGUGCUGAUGGUUUUGGGGCCAAUACCACCAGUAUGGGUAUGGGAGGUGGUAUGGGCAGUGGUGUGGGACCAUCCAUUGAAAUGGAUAAACCAAUUGCUCCUAAACCACAGAAACCCGUUUCUCGCAAUGCCUUGAAAUUGGGUGGUAAAACUAAGGAUGUCGACAGCUUUGUGGAACAGUUGAAUAGUGAGGGUGAAAAAAUUGCCAAACUUACACCGGCCGUCAGUGCGGCAAGUUCUGCUGUUGCCGCCGUUAAAGCCAAAAUCAUCUCUGAUGUUCACAUGGAAAGUAUACAUUUGAAAAUGGAAGAUAAAUUGGUGGUACGCAUUGGUCGUGAUGGUGGUCUCCAGCAAUUUGAAUUAUCGGGUCUAUUGACAUUACGUAUUUCGGAUGAAAAUAUGGGCCGUAUUAAGGUAGCCUUGGAAAAUAAUGAUGCCCAUGGUAUACAAUUGCAAACACAUCCUAAUGUCGAUAAGGAGCUGUUUAAGACACGUUCGAUUAUUGGUUUGAAAAAUCCCGCCAAACCAUUCCCAUUGAAUACAGAUGUUGGUGUAUUGAAGUGGCGCUUUGUAACACAAGAUGAUUCAGCUAUACCAUUGACAAUUAACUGCUGGCCUUCGGAAAAUGGUGAGGGUGGGUGUGAUGUCAACAUUGAAUAUGAAUUGGAAGCUCAACAUUUGGAAUUGCAAGAUGUUUCUAUUGUUAUACCAUUGCCCAUGAAUGUUCAACCCCAAGUAGCCGAAUAUGAUGGCACAUACAAUUACGAUGCCCGUAAACAUAUUUUACAAUGGAAUAUUCCUGUUAUUGAUGCUUCAAACAAAUCGGGAGCUAUGGAAUUCAGUUGUAAUUCAUCUAUACCUGGUGAUUUCUUCCCAGUACAGGUUUCAUUUGUAUCGAAAACGCCAUAUGCUGCUCUGAAAGCUAAAGAUGUUGUCUUGGUCGAUAAUGAUGAGCCUGUGAAAUUCUCAACAGAAAAUAUUCUCUAUGCAGAUAAAUAUGAAGUUGUUUAA